AUGAAGGGACCAGACUUGUUGGUGCUACUGCCAGGCGUAAUUUGUAAGUUCCGCGAAAGACGUAUCGGGUUUGGAGGCGACAUCGAGAAAAUGUUUCAUCAAAUACGAAUCAAACCUAAAGAUACUCAUGCUCAACGAUUCCUGUUCCGCUUCGACGAGAGACUGGCGCCAGAUGUCUAUAUUAUGGAUGUAGCGACAUUUGGUGCUAGUUGCUCGCCAUGCUCUGCACAGCAAGUGAUGCACCGCAACGCAGAUGAAGGUAGCAAAGAAUUUCCUGAAGCAUCGGCAGCAAUCAAGGAGAAAACCUACAUGGACGAUUAUUUUGACAGCGCCGAUACACCAGAAGAAGCAUCAGAACGUGCGCUGCAGGUGAAGUUGAUUCAUUCACGAGGUGGGUUCAACAUGCGGAAUUGGGUCAGCAACAGCGCCGAGGUCUUGCAACCUCUAGGAGAAUCGUCCGAGCAAAGGCUGCUUUCUAUCGACUGCAGCAAAGAAGAAAAACGGCAGAGGGUUCUUGGAAUAGCCUGGGAUCCUGAAAAAGAUAUUUUUGUGUUUUCUACAAGUUGGCACAGUGAUCUAGUUCCGUAUGUACUUCGGGAUCAGAAACCAACGAAGCGAAUAGCUCUACGUAUCAUCAUGAGCCUCUUUGACCCGUUAGGAAUACUUGCACCAUUUUUAAUCCAUGGCCGAAUGUUGAUCCAAGAUUUCUGGCGGCUCAACUUGGGCUGGGACACCAAAGUAGGCGAUAAGGAGUAUGAGAAGUGGCCACAAUGGCUCAACUUGCUUCCGGCUAUCAGUAGUCUGGAGAUCCCACGGUACUAUUUCAGAAAGACUUGUCCUGACAGUUACGAAACGUUGCAGAUGCACAUCUUUACUGAUGCUAGCGAGCUGGGAUAUGGUUGCGCUACCUAUUUCCGUGUUGUAACAAGCCGAGGAACGAUAGUAGCGCUAGUUAUGACUCGAAGUAAAGUGGCCCCACUCAAGUAUCAAUCCAUUCCGUGGAUGGAGUUACAAGCAGCGCUUUUGGGAACAAGGAUGAUGCAAACCCACCGCAACUACAAACAGUUUGUGGUGUACCGAGUAGGAGAAAUACUGUCCUCGACCGAUCCGGCGAAUUGGCGACAUGUACCUUCCAAAGAUAAUCUAGCGGAUUGCUUGACAAAGUGGGGUAAGGACACUGUACCCGAUUCGAACGGAAGAUGGUUCAAUGGUAGGAAUUCCUUUCUCUAUCAGGACAUGCAAAACUGGCCAAAACAGAAACCGGUAGCGGAGCCCAUCGAGGAGCUGAGAGCUCAUCGCCUAUUGCAUCACAUCACGGUACCCGAAUGUUUGAUGGAUUUCGGACGAUUCUCAAAGUGGAGCGUUUUACUUCGGACUGUGGCACUGGUACAUCGGUUUGUGUCCAACUGCCGUCAGAAAAUGGCGGGACUCACUAUCGAGACUAUCAGGGCCACCAAAAACCAAUACAAGCUCUCAUCGCGGACAAUCCCUGUCGUGAUCGUUCCUCUGCGCCAGCACGAAUACCUAAAGGCUGAACAGCACCUGUGGCGAGUGGCACAGAAUGACUCUUACGAAGUACGAAUCCUCCUAAACAACCGAGAUGAGCCGCAACCAAUCGAAUGGACUAACCUGGAAAAAUCUAGCCCACUGUACAAGUUGUCUCCCUUUGCGGACCAGUUUGGUGUCAUAAGAGUGGAAGGACGGACGGCCAACGCGAGCUACGUAACAUUCGACGCUCGAUUUCCAGUAAUACUACCGAGAAGUCACCAGAUUACCACACUAAUGUUGAACGACUAUCACUGUCGCUACGGUCACGCCAACCGUGAGACGGUAGUCAACGAGGUCCGACAGCGAUUUUACAUCUUCAACGUGCGAGCGGCUGUAGGCAAAGUAAUGAGAGAAUGUCAACGUUGUAAGAUUGCAAAGUGCAAACCACAGUACCCGCGAAUGGCUCUCCCUCUCCCCAAAGAACGAUUAACUCCAUUUAUCCGGCCGUUCUGUUACGUGGGCGUGGACUACCUAGGCCCGCUUGAAGUGACAGUUGGACGUCGAAAGGAAAAACAUUACGUGGUUGUCUUCACAUGCCUAGUUACGCGAGCUGUCCAUCUCGAGGUGGCUCAUUGUUUAUUCACAGACUCCUGCAUCAUGGCCGUGAGAAGAUUUGUUCGCAAACGAGGUUCACCGGCGGAAAUAUGCUCGGACAACGGUACCAAUUUCGUCGGAGCCAGCAACGAGUUGAUCAAGCAGAUCAAGGACAUCAACAGCGAGUGCGCUGACACUUUUACUGAUGCUCGUACUAAAUGGACAUUCAACCCGCCGUCUGCACCACACAUGGGUGGCGUGUGGGAACGCAUGAUGAGGAGUGUCAAAGAAGCGAUGAGGGCGCUUGAUGACGGGCGUAAACUGAAUGAUGAAAUACUACUCACGGUGCUGGCUGAGACGGAGGGAUUUAUCAACUCUCGACCACUAACCUAUAUGCCACAAGAGUCCGCGGAUAGCGAAGCCAUCACACCGAAUCACUUUACCCUUGGAAACUCUUCCGGUGCUCAUGAUAAAUUCAGGACUCCAGUUGACUUGGCCCGCUCGAAAUGGUUCACGGAGAGUAAGCCGGUGCGGGUCGGUGGCCUGGUUUACGUAGCCGAAGGGGAUCGUCGCACAUGGGUACGUGGUAAAGUACAACAGGUAAUUGCCGGAAAUGAUGGCAGAGUACGGCAAGCGAUCGUGAGGACAGCUGGCGGUAGAGAGUUAAAGCGACCGGUCGUCAAGCUAGCGGUUAUGGAGGUAACUGCUGCUGAAUCCUACGAGGAGUUCGAUGGCCCGCGUCAGGACCCACGGGGCGGGGGAUGUUCCGGCAUCACUGCGACACGGACUGAUCUGAUGGGCGACCCCUUGUUCAACGGAGUGGAGAAACGUCAGUAA